AUGGAUACCUUACAGAAGGCAGUGGAUUUCUUCAUCCACCACCAGACCACUCUGAGUUUCAGCAUCGUGUCCCUGCUGACAGCUGCCAGCGAGCGCGUCUUCUCAUAUGUGGUGUUCAAGUGUCCCUGCAACUCUGAGAACCUGGUGUAUGGCUAUUCCUUUCUCUUAGCACCUGCCUUUGUCCUCUUGCUGCUUGGCUACAUGAUGAACGCCAGGACAUGGCGCCUGUUUACAGGCAUGUGCUCUCCAGAGAAGCAUCCCCAAUACUGUUCCUGGCGAACCUGGGCCCACUUCUGCCAGCUGUUUGUGCCAAUGACAGCCAAGGCCUCGGUGGCCCCGCUCACCUGGAUAGCGGUGGCCCUGCUCGGAGCCAACUUCUACGAGUGUGCGGCCAGCGGGAGCAACAUGACAGCUCAACUCUUCUGUAAAAAUAAAGGAAAUUACAGCCAAGAGCAGCUGUACAAAAUGCCUUGUGAUGAGGAGUUAGCAGCAGCGAUGUCAAGUGUAUGCCUCAGCUUUCAUGCACAGUCCCAGCUGAUAGGAUGGUUCCUGAUAGUCAACAUCAUGGCUCUGGCACUGAUUUCAACAUGUGUCACCCACUGCUUCUCCCCUGUCAGCUACCUUCAGUUCAAGUUCUGGAAAAUUUACUCAAGAAAAGAACAUAAACUCUUUGAGACCAAAGCCAAAGAACAUGCAAACAAGCUAGCAGAAAGAAAUACAAAUUGCUUUUUUGAAGCCACUGACCCAGCACCAUUUCCCACUCCCAGCAAUGAAGACUGGCAGAAGGUUUCAGUCUCGUACACCUUUAAUUCACAAUCGCAGUAUUACAGCGUGUUACACAAGUAUGUGAACACCAACAGAGGCAACGACACUGAAUUCCAGGAAGAAGGUCAGGAUCUCAAUGUUAUUGAAUUUGUGGAUGAAGCCCAGGCAAGCGUUUCAGGGUUGUAA